GGACAAAUGUGCGCAGUCGAAGAUCGAAAGGACCCCAAGAUGGGCCUUAAAGUUUUGUGCCUCACUGUACUGGCCUUUCGGCUUGCCGAGGCCGUGGUGCAGCACCGGUCCUUGGAGGACGCUCGUCUGGAGCGACAGAGACUGGUGCACAGGUACAUUAAGGUCCUGAACAAGGAGGAGGGCGCCAUUCGCCUCGUGGGUGGAGAUAAUGAAUACGAAGGCAACAUUGAGGUCUUGCACAAUGGCAAGUGGGGAGCAGUGUGCGAUGACGAGUGGGACUCGGCGGAGGGACACAUAGUGUGCCGCCAGCUGGGUUUUCCCGGCAUGCGGAGGUACACGAGGAGUGGCUUCUUCGGACCUGCUCGUCGUCGCUUCUGGAUGGACAACCUCUUCUGCGAGGGUCACGAGCAGGAGUUGGUCAACUGCCGUUUCGAGGGCUGGGGCGAGAACGACUGUGAGCCCGGGGAGGCAGCUGGCGUGGUGUGCUAUCCCCCGGAAAACGCCCUGAUCCCGGUGCCAGCACCCAUCCUCAGAGACGAGGACCUCCAGAAAUACCCCAUUCGAUCCCACUCCCGCUUGUAUGUGAGACUGAGGGGCGGCAGAUCGCGAAUCGAGGGACGCGUGGAGGUCAGUUUGGAUGGCGGCCGGUGGGGCACUGUUUGCGCCGAUGGUUGGUCACUCCUGGAGGCCAAUGUGGUGUGUCGACAACUGGGCUUGGGCUACGCCAGCGAGGCCUUCCAGACGGAUUUCUUUGGAGGCUCCAAUGUCUCGAGACCCGUGCUGAGCGGCAGCGAGUGCUAUGGCAACGAGACGGAACUGGCUGAGUGCCUGCACCACGACGCCAGCCGCGGAGUAGUCAGCUGCCAUGGCAACCGCCAGCAUGUGGCCGCCGUGAUCUGCGACUACAUCGCCCCCGAUCUGGUGGUCGACUAUCUGGAGAUCGAGCAGACGGCACAUCUGGAGGACCGACCCAUGCUGCUGAUGCAGUGCGCCAUGGAGGAGAACUGCGUGGCCAACGAGGCGUACCAGAUCCAGCGGGACGAUCCCCACUGGCGGUACCGCUCCCGAAGAUUGCUCAAGUUUACGGCGGCAGCCAUCAACGCGGGAAACGCCGAUUUCCGGCCGUUUAAGGAGAAGAGCCAGUGGGAGUGGCACAUGUGCCAUAUGCAUUUCCACAGCAUGGAGGUGUUUGCCACCUUCGACAUCUUCGACUUGAGAGGUAGCAAGGUGGCCCAAGGACACAAGGCCUCUUUCUGCCUGGAGGACAGCAAUUGCUUGCCUGGAGUUGCCAAGAAAUACAGUUGUGCCAACUAUGGAGACCAGGGCAUUUCCAUUAACUGCUCGGAUGUGUAUCUGUACAACCUGGACUGCCAGUGGGUGGACGUUACCGACCUGAGUCCCGGCUCCUACGUCCUCAAGAUAGCCAUUAAUCCGGAGUUCAAGGUGGCCGAGAUGAACUACGAUAACAACGCUGCCAUCUGCGAUCUGAUAUACACUGAAAACUUUGCCAGGGUGCAAAACUGCCAGCUGGGAAGACCUUGAAGGGCGGAAGAUUAAGAUUAGAUGGGCGGUGGACUGGAACCAAACCAAAAGUGCCAAAUACUACGAUUAACCAAAGGGAGCUUGUACAUUUUCUACACUUAUAUCUUUAACCUGAGCUCGAAUGCGAAUUAAUUAAAAGUGCUCGCCUAAAGGUCUUGGGCUGAACUUGAAAA